GAUUAACUUAGGAAUGGAACUGACCCCUGCUCAGGUUGAGAGGAAAGUUUGUGAAGAAGAGGAACAGAUAGAGCAGAGGGCUCAUAGAGAGGGGUUUCAUACUUGUAGUGGAAGGUAUUAUUGGAAGAAGGUUGGAUGAAGUGUUGAUUGGGAUAGUAAGAAUGUAGUCGUGCCGUUGAUGAAGAAGGUAUCCGCAUUUCCCUUCAAAACAGCCUCGUUCGUCAGUGCAUCAUUAUUCCACAACAAACUCCAAUUCCUCAGAUUUAUCAAAUCUCCAUUCGUAUCUCGAGUUGCUCAUCUUAGCCUUUCCUUUAACUCUAAUUUUCCAGAUGCGUACAAGAGAUACCAUAGAAGGGUGAUGAAGAUAAUCCCAAAUGUGACUCAAUCGCUAACACUGAGUCGAUGAAAUUUGAAUAAGAAGCAGUUUCGGAAAAUAAUUCAGAUGGGGAGACAUCUUGAAAGGAUUGAAAUUAUCAGUCACAGCAUAAAGCUUGAUGGGUUAAAGUUGAAUGAAAAUUUGAUUUACUCCCUUCAAAGAAUUCACUUCGGGUUUAUACAAAUCACCAACCCAAACCAUAAAAAGAGCUGAGAGGAAAGUAUUCUUGACUUCAUUAAAGCUGCAUCAUCUACAACUCUAAAAACCUCCCUCGAAUCCAUCGAUGUCUUAGAAAAACCAUUCCAAGCACAUCUCCAUGAGUAUGCAAAGACUCUAGGUUUCCUCUUCCAAAAAAGGACCCCCUUCUCCAUCCCUCACACCCUCUCCUUCCUCUAACCCCAAUAAUCUUCCAUCUUUUAAAAUUCCACCUUACUCUCUCCCUC